UACGUCCCCCUACCUGAAUCUAGCCCAGUAUGUAUAGAUACUAAAUAUUGUAUUGAUUUAUGUGCCAGUACUUAAAUAAAGCUAAAAAGAUGGUCUUUUUUUCCUAGGUUUCUUGCAACUGGUCAGUCCUAUGCCUCUCUAAACCAUUACUUUUUAUUGGGUAUUUCUACAAUUUCAGAGAUAGUGCAUGAUACAUGCCUUGCCAUAUGGGAAGAGCUGUGUCCAGCAGUGAUGCCAUUACCAGAUGGCAACAUGUGGCGAAGAAUAGCCGAUGGAUUUUGGGAUCGGGCAAACUUUCCAAAUUGUAUCGGAGCUCUUGAUGGAAAGCAUAUCCGUAUCCAAAAGCCUCCACAUUCUGGGUCCAGAUUCCAGAACUAUAAAAAAUAUUUUUCAUUGGUCCUCUUGGCUAUCUGUGACAGCAAUUAUAAAUGUAUCGCUGUGGACAUUGGGGCAUAUGGCAGCAGUUCUGAUUCCAGAGUGUUCCGUGAGUCUGUAAUGGGUAGAAGACUGCGACAAGGCCGAUUUAACUUACCAUCUGAUCAGCCUCUGCCUGGAACUGAAGGACCCGACCUGCCUUUUGUGCUUGUUGCCGAUGAGGCCUUUGCACUUUCUCACUAUCUGCUUAGGCCUUAUGCCAGAAAUAAUCUGGACAACAAGAAGAGGAUCUUCAAUUAUCGCCUGAGCCGCGCAAGACGCCUCAUUGAAUGUUCGUUUGGCAUAUUGUCCAGUAAAUGGCGUGUUUUCCAAACCCCCUUGCAACUCAGUCUUGAGAAUGCAGAGUUGGUAAUCCAGGCCUGCAUAACAUUGUCAGGGAUAAGGAGGGUAUCCACGUUGAGGAAGAGGAAGAGUUCCAUGGCAAUAUCAAUGUAUUUGAAGAAUGCAGUGCAAAUUUCAUUAAUUGUACAAAUAUGUCCAAUACCAUAUGAAAAUAACUUGUUUGGUAUAUUCUGA